AUGGCUGGUCCAGACGAAAUGUCAGAUGUCCAGCCUAAUGGCCUGAAAAGACCCUCACUGGAUGUCGACAGCCUUCAGCGGAAGAAGUUCAAGACGGAAGAACUACCGUUAACAGCGGCGCAACAUACAGCGAUUGACGAUCUGCUGCACGCAUUCAAGAAGAAAGGAGGAUUCGAUAAUGUUCGAAAGAAAGUCUGGGCUGAAUUUCACGACGGGGAAGCAAAAACUGAAUUCACAAAAAUAUUGAUUCAGCUGGCGGAAUCGGAGAUUGAUCGCGAACCGGAGCUCCUUUCUCGAGAAAGAGGAAAAGCUGCGACACUGAUAGAGGGCGCGGCCGACCGGAGUGAAGUCUACAAAAGCGCGGAGAAUCUUAUUGAUGCGCUGGCCUCGACACACUUGCAAUUUAUCCUAGACUCAGUCCGAGAGAUUCGCCGUCAGCAAGUUGGCGAAGAGCUCGCUACGAAAGAGGAACAGGCUGGAAAUAAGACAGAUGAGGAAUUUGCGGCAUACGUUAAGGCGAAACGAGAUAUACGUGAACGAGAAUGGCAGGAACAAAUGCGCAAGCAAAGAGAGCUUGAAGAAGAGGAGGCUCGCCGAAAAGCCGAGGAAGAUCGCAAGAGGCGCGAAAUUGAACGCCAGAAGGAGGAGGAGGAACGGGCAAGGAGGAAAGAGCGCGAGGAGCAGCGACGCGCGGAGCGCGAACGUUUACGCGAGGAAGAGAGGAGACUUGAGGAGCAGAGGGAGAAAGAACGCCAGGAGAGGUAUGAGCGCCGUCGUCGAGAGGAGCGGGAGAGAUACCGUGAUUGGGAGCGAGACAGGGAUCGUGAUCGCAGUCGCACCAGAGACAGGGACCGGGACCGUGAUCGCGAGCGCGAUCAUGGUCGCACACCGAAUCACAGACCCGAACGUGGCUACUCCCCUCGAUAUCGCGAUCGUGAUUCUAAGAGAGAGAAGUCCGCUACACCAAAGGAGCCAACUCCCGCUCCCCCACCACCAGCCGUGGCUGUGGAUGAUAAGUCCUUGGAAGAGGCUGCUCUCCAGAUGCUGCUUAAAGAAGGCGAGGAACUUGCAGCUAAGGCAAGACAAAAGCCUGAGUUUGAUUUCGAGGAGGCCGAGGCGAUUGAGAAUGGUCUUAAACCCCCACCGACCAAACCGAAGAGUACAGCUGAGUCGCGUUAUUCAAUUACGCCAUUGAAGUCAGGCAGCCCCGCUGUCGACGUGGAUCCAGCUCGAAAACGCGAAUCUACCGUUGAUCCUCGCGCGCGCAGGCGGGACGAGAGCAAAGAUCGCAGUCGCUCGCGGCGGAGAUUCACGCCCCGCUACGAUGAUGACCGUCGACGAGAGCGGUCUCGUGAUGCCUCUACUCGCACCCGUGAUCGCAAUCCAGAUGAGAGAUUUGCCUUGCGGGACUUUAGGCCCCAACGAUAUGUCAGCUACCGCCCCGGUCGACGGAGUAGAAGCAGGUCAACGGUUCGCGGCUAUGAUCGCGAUAGGGAGCGCGAUGGGGAUCGCAGCAGAUUUCAGGAUCGAGGCGGUGAACGGGAGAAGGAUCGACUACGGGCUCGCUCUCGGCCCGCUGAUGAAAGAGAUCGGGACCGCGAUCAUCGUCCUCGAGAUCCCAGUCGCGAUCGAGACAGAGAUCGAGACCGUGACCGAGAUCGUGACCGUGACCGUGACCGAGAUAGGGAUCGGGAUAGAGACCGGGAUAGAGAUCGGGAUAGGGACCGAGAUAGAGAAAGGGACCGGGACCGGGACCGUGAUCAACGCCGUCGCAGUUACUACUCUCGGUCUAGAUCACGCCCCAGACAUCGACGACGUUCGCGGUCUGUCUCUCGCAUUAGGGACCGACACCCAGAUCGAAACCCGAAUCAACCCCGAGACAAAGAGAGGGACCUUGAACGGGAGCGGGAGCGGGAGAGGGAGCCUGAGCCAAAGAAAGAAAAAGAACCAGAUCAAGCUCGGGAUCAGGAGCGGGAUCGCAAUGGCGAGCGGGGGAGAUCUAAAUCCCGCGCCCCCAAUUCUUCUCGAAAGCAAUCUCCCUCUCGCCGUUCACGGUCCCGACGGCAUUCUCCAAGUCUUCUGGACAUCGAUCGGUACGUGCCUGCGACUAGCAAUCGCAGUAGGUCUCCUCGGCGACGAGUGCGAUCGCCGGAGCGCCCUGAGCGCGAGGAGCGUCGCGGGUUUGUGGAGAUCGACCGCUACAUACCGGGUGGUGAGCGAGACCGUGAAAGAGCUCGAGAGGGUGAUCGAGCGAAGGAGAAGGAAAAGGCAAAUGAGAAACCCAAAGAACAAGACAAGCCUGCCGAGCAAUCACGUGGAUUGGACGGCUGA